ACAGCUAACCAAAGAUGCAAGAUUUCAUAAGCAGUGAGACACAAUAUAUUGGUUUAUAGUAUGCCUUAAUAAAAAGAAGCAGACAGAGCUCCCAGUGAACACGGAUUUGUGCUAUAUAUGAUUAAUUAAGGAGCAAGUCUUCAUAAAUAAGUGUGGUUGCAAAGCACCUCUGCAGAUUGAUGAUCACUGGACCAUAAACUCUCACCGACAGACACAUCUGAUACUGUAUCACUGUUUGCAAGAUCACCAGUUCACCAGAAUGGAAAGCACCACAGAAAACCCUUAUUAUGACUACAGUGAUAUGUACGACGCAAUACCAAUACAGAUAUGUGAACGAGAAGAGCUUCGUCAUUUUGUAUCUACUUAUAUAACGCCAUCUUACUAUCUGAUGUUCAUUUUGAGUUUCAUUGGGAAUGGUCUUAUUACCCUCAUUCUAGUUAAAUGGGAAAAGUUUCACAGUGUCACCAACAUCUUUAUUCUGAACCUAGUUAUCUCAAAUAUCUUCUUCUCCAGUACACUCCCAUUCAUGGCAGUCUACCAAUCUUCCGCUUGGAUUUUUGGAAAUAUAAUGUGCAAAAUGACAAACACAUUUUUUUUUAUUGGCUUUCAAAGUUUUGCCGCAUUUCUUACAUUGAUGACAAUUGAUCAGUAUUUGAUAGUGGUUCACUCUUGGUCUUCUUCAUCUAGAGGAAGGAUUAGUUAUGCAUUAUAUAUGAGCAUCAUUGUCUGGAGUGUCAGUAUAUUUUCAAGUAUUCCUGACAUUAUCCUGUAUACAGAGUCAGAUCAAAUGGGUAAUAAAGUUUGUGAAGUUAAUAAUACUACAGAUAAUCAUUGGUGGCUUCUACUAGCACAUUAUAAACACUUUGUCCUAUUUUUUCUUGUUCCUCUGUUUAUUAUAAUUACUUGUUACUUUAGAAUUGUGCUUAAACUUACAACGUGUAAUAUUAGAAGGAAAACAACAGUUUUAAAAUUAAUAUUCAGUAUUGUAAUUCUAUUCAUUUUGUGUUGGACUCCAUAUAAUAUUAUUAUGUUUGUGAUGUUUCAAAAACAAACUUUCAUAGAAUGUCACAGUUUUCUGCCUUACAUAUUUUCUGUAUGCCAAAGCAUUGUUUAUUUUCAUUGCUGCCUGAAUCCAGUGUUAUAUGCAUUUUUAGGAACAAAGUUUAGAAAGUAUUUAUGUUCAUGUGCAAAAAAUUGCUUGCCGAGAACACCCCAACAAAAUGAUUUAAGCCUUCGGACAAGCCUUGGACUUUAAAUUUGUCAAACAGGCAAAAAAAAGGAAAUUAUGUUGUCUAAUGUCUAAUAUUUAUUUAAAAUUAAAUUGAAUUGCAAUAUUUAUGUGAAUUACAGAAAAUAAUAAUCCAAUAAUAAUAAUAAAGGAGAGAGCUUUUUGUGUA